AUGUCUUCCUUUUGGCACUCUGUGCCGGGUGCUACCCUCGACCACUGGUUAGCAGACGUCAGCACCCGAGCAACCGCAGCAGGGACAGCAAUCUACGGACCGCUGGUGCUUGGCUUCAUUUACGACAGUCUAGUCCUGGGGCUCUACUGUAGCUUCGUGUGGAGAUGUCCUGCCGUCGUGCUGGAGCACUUCUACCGGAUCAUGAUCAAAGGCGCAGCGCAGCGUCGAGAAUCCAACAAACCAGGAACCGAAGCUCAGGUCAGGAUUUUAGACAUCGGUGUAGCUACUGGCUACUACAUGGCCAAGACGAAACUUCCUGAGAACACUCUGGUCACGCUGUUUGACCUAAAUCCGAAUUGUCUGGAAUAUGCUUCCACGAGGUGUCGACAAGCUCACGGCGACUUGGAUAAAUUCGACGUCGAGACUGUCUGCGGGGACUUCCUGGCCGCAAAAUCCGACCCAUCCUCCGUACACUGCCUGCUCGAACCCGAAAGUCGGGGGAAACAGAAAUACGACGUCAUCUUCACGAGCUUCCUCUUACACUGUCUUCCGGGGCCGCCAGAGCAGAAGGCCUUGCGAUACGCGCAAAGAGACUCAUAUCGCCGCCACAAAGACAACACAUACAUUGUGCUGAACAACCUCACGGAUGACGAAUAUUCAGAACAAGACUGUGUUCGAACAGGAUCCAAUCCUGACUUCGUUAGGUCUGGCAGCUUCAGAUCGAGCUUGAGCCUCAAGGCAGAGCGCAUCAUACGUCGAAAACGGAAUUAG